AUGAACGUUCUGUCUUUCUCGUCCCAUGUGGUCCAUGGCACGGUAGGCAACAGAGCGAUCCAGUUCCCGUUGAACCUGCGUGGAUGGAACGUCGACUGCGUCAACACCACGAACUUGUCGAACCAUCCCGGCUUCAAAACAUUCAAGGGCUCCAAGACCGACGCGGCCACGAUCGCAGACAUUUUCGAGGGGCUGGUCGAGAUCGGGCUGCAGUACGACGCCGUCAUUGUUGGCUAUGUUGCCAGUGUGCCGAAUUUGGAGUGCAUCGCAGACAUUCUGGCCAAACUGAGCUACAAACCGCUGGUGGUGCUCGAUCCCAUCCUCGGCGACAACGACAAGCUCUACGUCGACGAAAACCUCAUUCCUUUCGAGAUGGAAACGCUCACAGACACCAAAAUCUCGGACUGGAGCUCGCUCACCGCUAGCGUUACCCGGUUCUACGACCUCUACAACGUGCGGUUCGUGGUGAUCACGUCGGUCAACCUGGGCGGCGCGAUGUACUGCAUAGGGUGUCUGGACCGAGAAACGACGUUUGCGGUUCCGGUCGACCAGGUUCCUGCAGUCUUCUCCGGGUCCGGGGACCUGUUUCUGGGUCUGCUGACAGACGUUUUUUACCGCACCAAAGACGUCGAAACGGCGCUCAGACGCACCGUCGACGUGGUCCAGCGGGUUCUGAGGCGCACUUUGGAGCUCACCGACACCAAAAUGAGCAUCGGCAGCAGCCCGUACAUCCCGUCGCUCAAGCUGGUGGAAAGCAAGGACAUAAUAGAAUAG